AUGCGAGGAUCUUUUUCAGAUUAUGUUUUCAAACCCGAAGAGUUUAAAGAUAUUCCACCGCCUAUACAACUUGAUAAGUCUGUGGAUGAAUACUUCAAUCAAAUAAAGUUAUAUGCUACGGUAUUGGAUAUCGACUUAGAUAACCAAGACCUUAAGAAAAAAUUCUUCAAUGGUCUAUUACUAGAAAAUAAAAAAGAUAUGAUCCAGUUCGGAUUUAAAAAACUUCUGAAUGUAAUAGUUGAUCACUUGAAUAGAAUUUCAUCAGGACCCGCCAAUAUGCAAAAGUUUCAAUUUGGAGGUUUAAGACAAGAUAGUGAAUCAAUAAUAGAAUAUUACAGGAAAGUAGAAAAAUGUGACAAAUUAGCCAAAUACAAUGGAGAACAGCUUAGAUAUUUCUUUCUUCGUGAAUUGUCACCCGAUAAUCAGAUAGAAGCCAGAAGAUGCGAAUUAGAGCUUCCAUUGGAUAAGCUAAUAGAGAG